AUGGAUGGCGGCGUCACGGUAGUCGGGUCGUGUGGAGGGCACUACUUCAAGAUUUUGGCUGGGCGCGAGUAUCACCUUGGCACUCUCGUGCUAUCUUCAACCUGGAAGUCAUACCGGCAUCUACCUUCGUACUUACCUCACGGUACAUUAUUGACGUUGAAGUACAGCUCCCUUCCCUGGCCGAGGGAAGCUACCUUAUGGUUGGGUCGUCAAGCUGCCCAGCGCGCCAGCUAA